AUGGAUAUGGCGUCCCAAAGCGUGCUAGACCGCUGGCAGGACAGCACCUGGAUCGAGCAACGACAAGAGACAGGCCAGCCAGGUCCACCCGCAUUCUGCCAACGCCGCAGCGUGCAUCGUCCUGCAGCCCGCUGGUGUCUGCGCUCUCUGGAUACAGAUACGGAAGAGGACAUGGCUCUCGGCGAGCGGAGCCUACUACAGCCUUGUCUGUGGACACUAUGUGCAGGAACGCUUUCACCAACCGGCGAUAUAUCACUUCCCCAACUUCAUGUCCCGACAGACGAGACGGAAAACGGACGAUAG